CGCGUUAGCCCCACCCCUCCCAGAGCCUCGGCGUCCUUGCCAUUGGUUCUCUUCCGGCGCCGGUUGCCGUGGAGACCAAGGCGAUGGCAGCCAGGAGCAGCCAAACUUGGUAGCCUCCUCUCGGUUCGCUCGAGGGUGUCGGGUGUUGAUGGCGCUCUACCACCUCUUCUCGCACCCGGUCGAGCGCGGCUACCGCGCGGGGCUCUGCUCCAAGGCCGCGCUCUUUCUGCUGCUGACCGCCACGCUCACCUACGUUCCGCCGCUGCUGGUCGCCUUCCGGAGCCACGGGUUUUGGCUGAAGCGGAGCAGCUACGAGGAGCAGCCGACGGUGCGCUUCCAGCACCAGGUUCUACUCGUGGCCCUGCUGGGACCCGAGCACGAUGGGUUCCUCGCGUGGAGCACGUUUCCCGCCUUCAACCGGCUGCAAGGGGAUCACUUGCGCGUCCCGCUGGUCUCGACGAGAGAAGAAGACCGAAACCAGGAUGGGAAGAUGGACAUGCUGCACUUCAGCCUGGAGCUUCCCCUGCAGCCCACGGAGCAUGUUCUCGGGGUACAGCUCAUCCUGACUUUCUCCUACCAAUUGCACAGGAUGUCGACCUUCGUGAUGCAGAGCCUGGCAUUCCUACAGUCGUCCUUCGCCUUGCCUGGGUCCCAGUUAUAUGUGAACGGAGACCUCAGACUGCAGCAGAGGCAGCCGCUGAGCUACGGGGGCCUUGAUAUCCGAUACAACGUGUCUGUGAUCAAUGGCACCAGCCCUUUUGCCCGUGACUAUGACCUUACCCGCAUUGUGGCUGCCUACCAGGAAAGGAAUGUUACUACCGUCCUAAUUGACCCCCACCCCAUCUGGCUGGUGGGCAGGGCCGCUGAAGCUCCCUUUGUGAUCAACGCUGUCAUCCGGUACCCGGUGGAGGUCAUUUCCUACCAGCCGGGCUUCUGGGAGAUGAUCAAGUUCGCCUGGGUCCAGUAUGUCAGCAUCCUGCUUGUCUUCCUGUGGGUGUUUGAGAGAAUCAAGAUAUUUGUGUUUCAAAAUCAGGUGGUGACCACAAUUCCCAUCACAGCCACACCCCGGAUGGAUGUAUGCAAGGAGCACCUGUCUUAGGCCCAGUUCCCGGUGGCCCGCAUUGAGCAGGAUGGGACCACAGGCACACUGGAGGGCAUGUAUACUGCUGCCCCUGGACACAGGACAGCUCCUGCCCAUUCUGCUCCACCCAGAUGUCCCGUCUAGUGAGCAGCUGCAGAAUCUCCAGGGCCCACUGGGUGUGGGGUGCCGAGGCUGCCUGAGGCUGUCAGUCUUGUUCUCCUUUUUGUUUGUUUUGCCUUAUACUGAAAUUUCAGAAGAAAAGUUGUAAUCAGUUUGGACAACUUGGAGAGAGACCCACCUCUCAUCAAGCAGACUUCCUCU